AUGGCGGCCAGCGGCAGCUCGGAGCGCGGUCCUCCUGCCUUCCCCGAGGACAGAGAGCCUGAGGCCGGACACAGAGAGCCUGAGGACGGGGACCAGGAGGAGGGAGAGGACAUCUUCGUCAACACCAGCGGGUCUGUUGGAGUCAGCGCUGGAUCCUCUGAGCCUCAGACCCAGUCCCAGCCUCUGUCUGAGCCUCUGGACCUGUUCAGUGAAGCAGACCCCUCGGCCCAGUCCAACACUAACGGGGUUCACUCUGACGACGAGGGCGACCUGUUUGCCGACGCCCGUGUGGAGGUGAGCAGCUCUGGCCCCGCCCCCUGCACCACGCCCUCCUUCCCCCCCGCUCAGCACACCUCUCUGGAGCAGUUGGAGGAAGAUGAAGAAGCCAAGGACAGCUUUGAUGUGGACAUCUCGGUCACCAGUCCUGAGAAAGUGGGGGACGGCAUGAACGCAUACGUGGCCUACAGAGUCUCCACCAGGGGGGUUCAAAAUGAGAGACGAGAAGAGAGAGGAGAGAGAAGAGGAGAGAAGAGAGAGAGAGAGAGAGAGGAGAGACGAGAGGAGAGGAGAGACGAGGAGAGACGAGAGGAGAAAAGAGAGGAGAGGAGAGACGAGAGGAGAGGAGAGACGAGAGGAGAGAGGAGAGGAGAGACAAGAGGAGAGAAGAGAGGAGAGAGGAGAGACGAGAGGAGAGACGAGAGACGAGAGGAGAGAGGAGAGGAGAGACAAGAGGAGAGACGAGAGGAGAGAGAGGAGGAGAGACUAGAGAAGAGACCAGAGGAGAGAGAAGAGGAGAGAGGAGAGGAGAGAGGAGAGGAGAGACGUGAGGAGAGAGAAGAGGAGAGACGAGAGGAGAGAGAAGAGGAGAGACAAGAGGAGAGACGAGAGGAGAAACGAGAGGAGAGAGAAGAGGAGAGACGAGAGGAGAGAUGA